UCCACUUGCAAGCUACAGCUUAUUGUCUUUCGGAAUGGGAAACUCUUUCCUAUCACCAGGAACUCAUCAUAUCUUGCGGAUGAUAGGAAAUAUAGGACGGUUACCACGCCAGCUGUGUUUUCUAAAAUAGAUGGGUACAAUUUUGGAAACCUCACCAAUCCAGUGACAAUAUCCCUGAGACACUAUAAAGAGGGUGUAAACCCUAUUGCUGCCUAUUGGGAUUUUGACCUUUUUGAUGGACAUGGGGGCUGGCGUGGAGAAGAUUGUCACAUAAUUACCUCUGCAGGCAAUAUCACCACCAUUCAGUGCACACACUUGGGUAACUUUGCAGUGCUAAUGGAUUUGAAGAGUGUGCUCUCCCUCCCUCAGUACCCAGGGGAGUUCCUGCACCCUGUGGUUUAUGCAUGCACUGCUGUUAUGUUGCUGUGCCUGUUCGCAUCUUUUAUUACCUAUAUUGUCCAUCACAGCACUAUACGGAUCAGUAGAAAAGGAUGGCAUAUGUUGCUUAAUUUCUGUUUUAAUACUUCUGUGACUUUUGCUGUAUUUGCUGGAGGAAUCAACCGAACGAGUUAUCCAAUAAUAUGUCAAUCUGUUGGCAUCGUGUUGCACUACUCUAGUCUGUGCACAGUGUUAUGGAUUGGUGUCACUGCAAGGAAUAUUUAUAAGCAGGUGACAAGAAAACCUCAGCCACCUCCAAACACUGAGCAGCCUACAUUUCCCAAACAGCCAAUGCUCAGGAUAUAUCUGAUAAGUGGAGGGGUUCCUUUUAUCAUUUGCGGAGUAACUGCAGCUAUUAGCCUAAAAAAUUAUGGGAAUGAAAAUGAUGCCCCGUACUGUUGGAUGGCUUGGCACCCCAGUUUAGGAGCAUUCUAUGGCCCUGCUGCUUUUAUUGUACUAGUCACCUGUAUUUACUUUCUUUGUACAUACGUGCAGUUGAAACGUCACCCUGAACGCAAGUAUGAAUUAAAGGAAAGGACAGAAGAACAGCAAAGGAUGUCAGGUACAGAAAUAGGUCACAGUCACAUAACCGAAGCUGGAUCCGUUUCCCAGGCAACAUGCUCAAUGAUUUCAUCUUCGCUGUUGGAAAAUGAACAUUCAUUUAAAGCUCAGCUACGCGCUGCUGCAUUCACUCUGUUCUUGUUUACAGCAACGUGGACCUUUGGGGCACUUGCUGUGUCUCAAGGGCAUUUUUUGGAUAUGAUAUUUAGCUGUCUUUAUGGUGCAUUUUGUGUCACCUUAGGGCUUUUCACCUUAAUUCAUCACUGUGCAAAACGAGAGGAUGUUUGGCAUUGCUGGUGGUCUUGUUGCCCAUCAAAAAGAAAUGCUUAUCCCGUACCAGUAAAUGCUCGUCAAAAAGUUAAUAUCAAUGGAGAUGCUCAAGUGCAUUCAAUGUGCAUUCAGGAUUCCCCUUGUUUAAGUAAAUCUCCUAUGUAUAACCACCCACCUGUAGGGCAUUGCAAACUUACUAAUUUACAAGCUGUUCAAAACCAUGUCAGCUGCCUUUCACCGGUCACACCAUGCUGUGCAAAGAUUCACUGUGAACAACUUAUGGAUGAUGAAGCCCAUAUUCACGUGCAUAAUGAAAGUGCUUUUAGACCCAACAUGCACGUUCAUAGAUGUCUCAAAAGUAGAACUAAACCACGAUACUUCAGCCGGCAUAGGUCUGCUGCAGAGAGAGAGUAUGCUUAUCAUAUUCCUUCAAGUAUUGAUGGGAGCAUUCACAGCUCACACACAGACAGUCCGCACAGUACACAUGAGGGCCAUUCAGGCCACAGAAGGGGUUGCUGCGCAGGAAGUGAUCCCUAUCCUACAAUCAGUCAGCCUGAAAGCAGUGAUGCAAGUACUGCAAUAUUUAGUUGUGGCAAAAUGCCAGAAACUGACACUGUGCAUCAUACAACUCAUUUUGAGAUGCAUCCAAGGAGACAAUCAUAUCCAUUCAAUACAACAAAUCCUAACGGAAUACUCAAGGGAAACUUGCAUGAAGCCAUGGUCUACAGUUCAGAUAGUACAGGAAAUAUCAAAACUGGACCUUGGAAAAAUGAAACUACUGUGUAGGUUAUGGAUUAGUACAUAUGUUCUUCAAUGCUGGUAAAUGUACUCUGUUUUUUUAUUUUCCUUUGUUAAGCGUUUGUACAGCACAGCACUACAUUGUAUACAUAACAACACAUGGUUCUGUUUGUGUUUAUUCCAAGAUAUGUGAAAAUAUAUCUGAGAGGAUUGUUAAUAAAGUUUAUUUCAAAGUUCAAA